CACACAAGUUCAAGUAACGUUGCUAACCCAGUCAGUGUGCGUUUGUCUUCCUCCAAGUCAUCGGUGCUUCCAGCAAUGGCCCUGUUGAAAUCCAGCACGAUUUUGACUAAUGUCGGGGCUCAGGCCCCUAUUUUAGCAGUCUUACAGCUCCGUGCAAGCUCAUGGUGGACUGAGGUACAGAUGGGACCCCCUGAUCCCAUCCUGGGUGUCACGGAGGCGUUCAAGCGUGACACCAACCCCAAAAAGAUGAACCUCGGAGUAGGAGCUUAUAGAGACGAUCAUGGCAAGCCGUUUGUCCUCAACUGUGUUCGAAAGGCUGAGGCCCAGAUUGCUGCUAAGAAGUUGGAUAAAGAGUACCUUGGUAUCGGAGGGUUGGCAGACUUUUCAAAGGCCUGCGCUCAGCUGGCUCUUGGACCUGCUAAUGAGGUCUUAAAGAGCGGAAGAAGCAUCACUGUCCAGACGAUCUCAGGAACUGGGUCUCUACGUAUUGGUGCUAACUUUUUGUCACGAUUCCAUAACGUGUCCCGGGACGUGUACCUGCCUAAACCCUCCUGGGGAAACCACACCCCUAUCUUCAGAGAUGCGGGCAUGCAGCUAAAUGCUUACACCUACUAUGACCCUAAAACCAUUGGCUUUGACCUUAAAGGAGCCUUGGAUGAUAUUUCAAAAAUCCCUGAGAAGAGUGUGAUUGUUCUGCAUGCGUGCGCUCAUAAUCCCACAGGAGUGGACCCAAAGCCUGAGCAGUGGAAAGAGAUGGCUGCACUGAUCAAGAAAAGAAAUCUCCUGGUGUUCUUUGACAUGGCUUACCAGGGAUUUGCCAGUGGCGACAUCGAUCGUGACGCUUGGGCUGUGCGUUAUUUCAUUGAGCAGGGGCACAACAUUCUUCUGUCCCAGUCUUUUGCAAAGAACAUGGGCCUGUAUGGUGAGCGUGUCGGGGGCUUCACGGUGGUGUGUAAGGAUGCUGAAGAGGCGAAGCGUGUGGAAUCCCAGCUGAAAAUUCUCAUUCGACCCAUCUACUCCAACCCACCCAUGAACGGAGCUCGCAUCGCCUCCACUAUCCUCAACACACCCGAACUCUACAAAGAAUGGCUCGCGGAGGUGAAAGACAUGGCCGACCGUAUCAUUAGGAUGAGAGAGAUGCUCGUUUCAAACCUUAAGAAGGAGGGCUCCACUCACAACUGGCAGCAUGUCACUGACCAGAUCGGCAUGUUCUGCUUCACGGGACUCAAAGCGGAGCAGGUGGAGCGUCUGAUUAAAGAAUUCUCUAUAUACAUGACAAAAGAUGGCCGGAUCUCCGUGGCUGGUGUGACGUCUGCAAACGUGGAAUAUCUAGCGCACUCCAUCCACGCUGUCACCAAGUGAAGCUGGCAGCAGACAGAGAGCAAGCAAAACAUACUUUAGAUGAUAUAAAGUCCUCUGCUGCCUGUCUUUUAGAACAAGAUAUGAAAUAGAACUAAUGUAGACUUCUAGUUCACUUAAUUUGGAAUUAUACAUGUAAAGGGUAGGUCACCCAAAAAUGA